AUGGUAAAACAAGAAUCUACAUCAACGACUUAUGAUAUAAAGGAAUCUACUUUAUCGAAGCUCACUAAAAAGAUUUCUCUGCACAGCAAUGAUUAUAACGAGAUAUUCGAGCGAGUUUAUAUCGUUGAAUCCGGGUUGAGUCACUCUUGGUUUCAUGAAGAUGAAACGACCUUGCAAGCGGCCAAAGACACUUUAAAAAUAUUUUUAGGCGGAACACGGGGUGAACCUUGUACGGAGUACGGUUGUCCUGGACGACCACAAUACGAACCGUUCGUCCCAGCACCUCCAGGACACACACCGAGAUGCGCCAAGCCAGGACAAACGUUUUGUGAGUCUUUGGAUCAUUAUCCUCAACAGCUUAUAAAAUUCCUCGUCGAUAAGUGUAGUUUUGACUUCAGUACGGCAUUGAGAGAUGAGUCUCAUGAAGAUUUCAAUGCUUACAGUUCAUCACCUGAUUAUCAUCAAGGCUACGAGUAUCCACGACAAGAUACCCCUACCUUAUAUUCACAGCCUUUGCCUAUUUUACCGUCUCACUAUCCAGUAGGUAGGCAACCAACUUUUAUAUACGGGCCACCGUUUAAUAGUACUCAUCAUAAUGGAUACAAAUAUGCGGCACCUUCAAGACAUGAGAGAAAUCCACUUUUGGAUGUAGAAUCUUCAACGAAGAAUCAUCCACAACAACACUCAGAAUAUUCUAUAUUUUCUCAAGCGCCAUCUUUGAAAUCAUUCAAACAGGAUCGAACGUGGUGGAUGAACAAUGGAUAUGUACGUAGCAAUAAAAUGGCACCACAAACGUUCCACGAGAAUCCGCUCUUACAGUAUGUGAACCUGAAAACGGAACGAACGAAGAGGCAAAUGAAUACGGAUACUGUUGCUCUUUGUCCAACUGAAGCGCAAUACAUCACACCAAAAGCUGCCCUUAACAAUCGAGGUAACUGGAUGUAUGUCGUUAAUCUUGCCGAACAGGACGACAAAUACUCGCAACUCGUCAAAAGUGAAAAGUGUUCAACAAAUACUUGCAAUGGUCUAUGCUCUCUUCCUGCUGGAUAUACGAGCACAUGCCAACAACAAUUUGUGCAAAAGAGACUGGUUGCAUUAGAGGGAAGCGGAAAUCGACUUUACACUGAUAUUUUUUGGUUCCCACAUGGUUGCUCAUGUCAUGUUAGGUUUAACGGCUUAUAAAAAUAACAUAUUUAUUAAUGAAAUUUCAAUAAUUACAAUAACGAAAAGGAAAGAGAAUAUCAUCAUAAAUUCCACCAUUAUCAGUAUCAUUAUCGCUACAUUAUCCUAGUGAAGUCAAUAAUAAAAUAUAGUAUGAAUAAUUUAGUUAUAAUUAGAGUGAUAGAUAUUCCGAGAAGGGUAAAAAACUAUGAUAAUAUUGUGAUCAUAUUUAAU